AUGACUCCCACUGUCUUCCUAGUCAUCCUGUGCUUGGGAGUGGCCUCGGCUGCUGAAUCCCCUAAUCCUACUCUGGACGCUGAAGAGCAAGAGCCGAAGAUAAAAAAUGAGAAGCUGGUUGAAGGAUUCAGAAGAGGGAUGUGGGAGGAGUUUAUGAAGAAGGUUGAACUCUACAAUAAGGAAAAUGGCCAGGAGGACAAGGAUGACUUCAACAUAGAAAUGAAUGCCUUUGAUCACUUGACUGAUGAUGAAUUCGUGAAAAUUAUUGAUAAAGUUUUAUACCCAAUGCUUGGAGAGAAGGAAAAAACUCAAACACAGCCAGUUGGUGAUGUCCCUGAAUUUGAGGAUUUGGCAGGGAGCAGUGCUGUGACUCCUGUACAGGAUCAGGUUGAGUUGCAGACAAGGCAGCCACAGACAGGUUGCUUGGUUCUACAAUGUGUUGUCAGCAGCACCUUCACAGUUCUUAGGCUCUCAUAUGAUCUCCAUACAGAUGCAGAAUCUGAGGUAGGACUGUGCGAUCUACCAUCUGUCCUCAAUGGGUUCAUCCUAUGA